UGUUGCCAUUUGAGAGAAACGUUUCAUAUGUCAAUAUGGCUGAAGUGAAGUUAGCUACGAGCAGGUUUACCAACGCGAAAAUGGAUUCGUGAAUUGUGAAUCAUCGAAUGAUGAACUGAAUCUUGACGGGUGCGGCAUUAGGCAUACGCUAUUAGAGAUUAGAGAAAAGUAACAAGGCAAGUGAGCUUAGAAGACACAUAAACUGUUAAAUUAUUACCUGAAAUGUUAUAGAAAUUCCCCCUCAGCCAAGUACAAAUCACUCCUUUGUGUCUACAUCCGUUUGCGAAAAUUAGCGGAACACAAUAUACGGUAAGUUGAAAGGAGGUGUUCAAAUAAAAAACACAAAUAUAGACAUGUGAAAUACAUUCUCUUUAAUGUUAAGUGCAAUACGAAAUUUUAGAUGUAAAAGGAAUGUAUUUGUUCAUCCGAGACAGUUUAAAUUGAAGUGCAUCUAAAGAUUUUUUGACGUUAAAUGUAUCUAUUUUGUGGAGGUGAUAUUUAGCCUGGGAAGUGAGGAACUGGAUAGUGUGCCCCGCGCUAAAGUACGUACUUUAUGAUUUGAUUGGACUGGGAAAAUAAACUACACAUGUAGAGCCCUAGUUUUGGCUGUAGAAUACAUUGAACUCUAGGCUUAUAGAACUAGAAUAGCUAUAUAGAUAAUCACAUCUAAAAAUGUAUCUGUCUGCAUGUGAAUAUGUGUAUUUUUUGAUAAUGAUGCUUAGCAAAGUAUGUAUAGGUGCUUUUUGUUAGCAUAUUUGGCAAAAGACCAUACCAAAAAGUUAAAUUGCUGUUACCCUGUGACAUUGAUCUUUUUGUUUACAUGGCAUUUCUUUACAGGUACAUAACAAAAUGCGUGAAUACAAAAUUGUAGUAUUAGGCUCAGGAGGAGUUGGGAAAUCGGCACUAACAGUACAGUUUGUGCAAGGUAUAUUUGUAGAAAAAUAUGAUCCAACAAUUGAAGAUAGCUAUAGGAAACAAGUCGAAGUUGAUGGACAACAAUGUAUGCUCGAAAUAUUAGAUACAGCAGGCACAGAACAAUUCACUGCAAUGAGAGAUUUGUAUAUGAAAAAUGGUCAAGGAUUCGUCUUGGUAUAUUCAAUAACAGCACAAUCAACGUUCAAUGACCUACAAGAUCUACGGGAGCAAAUUUUGCGGGUCAAGGAUACAGAUGAUGUACCAAUGGUUUUAGUAGGAAACAAGUGUGAUUUAGAAGAAGAACGGGUUGUGGGUAAAGAACAGGGCAUCAGCCUUUCCCGCCAGUUUAACUGUGCCUUUAUGGAAACUUCUGCCAAAGCGAAAAUUAAUGUUGUUGAUAUAUUUUAUGAUCUAGUUCGACAAAUCAAUAAAAAAUCACCCGAGAAGAAGCAGAAACAAAAAAAGAAAUCCCUGUGUGUGCUCCUUUAAUUUAGCGAAUCCCAUGGAACCAAAAAGUACAUUUAAAGACUAUAUGUAGUGUAAACAAAGGCAAAUGCGGACUGAAAGUCUCUUACAGUGGAGUUUUUAAGUUCUAUAUAUUCUAUACAUCAUAUUAGUUUUUAUUUAAAUAUUUGUGUUGAACAAGUUUGUCAUUUAACUCUGAUUUUCUCACAAUCAAGGUUGUUAUUGUAUUUAGAUGCAAUUUAGUGAUAUAGUAUUUUGAAAUACUGCCAAUUAUGGGUGUCAAAUAGCUAUAGAUAAUUUGUGAAUUUGUCGUAUCACUACUCCAUUCUGGAUUCAAGACUAUCUACAGGACAAUACUUCAGCUUUCAGUGAAUACCAUAGAUUGAGAAACAUACCUUGCUUGCCACAUAUUCUUGAAAUUUGUCUAAUGAUGGGUCUCUACAAUUUUCUUCCUGAAACUCAAGGUAAUAAUCAGCUUUCAUGAAAGGGUUUUCAGUUUUUGCCCCUGAGAAUAAUUCAAAUUUUGAGUUUUACGCAUAUAUGAAGUUUUUGCAUUUCAAAACACAUGUAUUUUAAAUUUCCACUAAAAUUUUCCGAUGUUUUCAUAUAAUAAUAAAAAUAUAUGAUUUUUAUUGCCAGGAUAAGCAAUUUCAUGAGGAAAAAUAUAAACCAAAACAGAAUCCGUGCAACAACAUCCCGCUGCUUCUCAAAAAUAGUGACACUAUGCAAAAAACGAAAAAAUCAAUUAAAAAUGCAGAUCCACUCCAAAUGUUGACUAUUUUAUUCAGGAAUCAGGACAUUUGCAAUUGUUUAAAUGUUUUUGCCAGAGAUGACGCCAGUGUCGUUGUUCGUUAAUAUCGAAUGUUUUGGGGUUCUGUCAAGAAUAAUGUCAUAUUGCAGUUGCGGCUUGACUUUCAAAGCGUAUACUUACAUGUUUCUCAAGAAUAACGUCAUACUAGAGGUACGCUAAUAACCGAUCGUGUUAAUCAAAAAUAGUGACAAAGUGCAUUGUGACUAUCUUCCUACGACAUAAUUCGGAAAAGAGUCAUCCACACUAUCCGAUGUUAAAAUAAUAAGGGUAGAAUCUCAACAUUCUGGAACAUUCAUAGCCCUUAAAAUGUUGUUAGUUGUGUAUCAUUGGCAGUAAUACUAAAAUAAAUUUUCCCUCUUUGUUCUGUAACCACGAAUUAUUUGUCAUAUAUUUUGUAGAAAUGAAACAUUCCUGUAAAGUUGCAAAAAAAGAAAUAAAAUGGGAUUUUUUUGAAAACACACUGAUUUUUUAUUCAAUGAAUCUGAAAGUUCAAUAAACCUUAUUUACUUGAUAAUUUUUCUAAAUCCAAAUUAUUAACUUUAUGUUCAGUUAUCCGAAAUUGUUCAUAAAAAAAUAUUAAAAAUGCUUUUUUAUAAUAGUGUCACUAUUCCUGAGAAAUAGCAAUAUCACUUUCUCUACAAAGGGCAGUAUUCCUUCAUCAAUGUUCCAUUAUAAAUUUGAAGUGUUGCAUGUGUUCAUAUACAAAAAUAAGUGAGAUAUUUUAAAAUGGGUGAAUUUUUUACAAAAAUGACAGAAUUGCGAAUCUUAUACCUUAAAGGAACAAUCAAGUACUGAUAGAAAUAAAAAUAUUGUGAAAAACUCAGAACACAUAUCUUGUGAAAUAUUCAGAUGCAAAUAUUUCAUUGUUUCAAAAUGUUUAUUUUCAGUGCUGAAAAACCCAUUUAUGGACGCUGAUCCUUUUGAUCCAUUUUUUGAACAUACUGAAAAUGUCUCUACUCUGUAAAAAUGAUUUUGAAUAUCUGCUUAUGGGGGUACGCUGUUCUCAGUCCAUGAAACUCUUCAAGCAUGUUGCCUAGAAAAUAAUGUCUCCAAUAGCCGUUGGCAUGUGCUGCCCCUUUUUACUUAAGCUGUCAUGCUUAGUUUCUUCCUCUUUUAAGUAUAUUGUAACAUGAGGUGAGAUGUGAUAAUAAUCCUAUGGUGCUUUUCUAGUAGACAGUUAAUGUCCUUGGUAGGAUUUUCAAAAAUGCAUCUGUAAUACCUUACAUAAAGAAAAAUGAUAGCUAAACAUCUUAGCACUGCAAUAUCACUUAUAUUGAAUCACAAGUAUAGAAACAUCUACAUACAGGAUGUCCCAUAAGAUGUGGUCAAUAUAUCAGAUCCAGAUCCAUAUAGAACAUAACAACGUUGAUUAAAAAAUUUAACUUUUAAAAGAGUAAUAUUUUUCAGUUUUUCUGCUUCUUUCACUUUUGGGACACCGAAAAACAGUAUAUGGUCGGUUACCUUCAAGUAGAAUACAAUAAUCAACGAUUAAAGUUAUUUAAUACGUUCCUAAUUGAAUGUCAAUAUUUAUUAGGUCGGUUUUUGGGCCCAUUUCAACGAAAUUUGGCAUUCAUGCACUGUGCAUCAAGAGGCAUUUUUUAAUGUAGAACUUUCUUUUACUUUCCACCAGUACGGAAUUUCACGUGCCUAUUUUGGCAGGCAUUGAUGGUACGUCACUGAUUUCUCUUAAAAGAAAAAUUAUUUUUUGAAACGCUCAGUUAUUUCUAAGCAAAUUUUAUUUUAUUCAAUGCACGGUUUUCGCAAAAGAUAAAAACCGUUUUUCGUCGUGAUCAUAACAGUAUCGUUGAUAUGACAAUAUCAGAAUGCAGAUAAACAUUUUAUUUUUAGGUUAAAACUGUGAGUCGGACUAAUAAAAUUCAAAAGGUCAAAUCUGCUAAUAAAUGAAUACACAGAUCGUUUUUUCAAGAAAACUCAAUGAGUUAUUUUUGCGAACUUUACCGCCCUGUAUCUCUAAAGUUACGACUUUUGGAUGGACCAAAAAUCACCACCUUACAUAUUGACCUUCAUAUAGAAAACCCAGUCUAUGAUUCUGACGACCGACCACGAACUCUGGGUCUCCCUGUAUAAAAUGCACCAGUGGCGGUUUUACAUCAAAAAUACACUGUGCGAGAUCUAAAAUUCGAGAUAUUUAAUGGCAAUGUACAGAAAUGCUUCCAUCGACACUCAUUUAACUUACCUUACUUUCUGUAACCUGACUCCUGUUUAGAUUGAUGAAGAGCUAUAGUAUGCCCAAGAUGCUUUUUGUUCACUCUAAUGCAAGUGGAAAAAUAUUAAAAAUCUACACACAUAUUGCCCAUACUACUGUCACUGGUUUGCACGCAAAUAAUUUAAGAGUUUAUAAUUAUAUGGUUAGUUCUUUCACGUUUUACUAUAUGUCUUUGACUGACUUGAGUUGAUCGUUUAAUGAUGUUCUUCCUACAGCACGCAAUACGAUAUUCUGACACUUCAUAGAAACUGUCAAUAGUUUCAUGUGCAUUCAUAGUAGUUCGUUUGCAAUUGACCAAUAUUUUUUCGGUGUACAAGAUGUUGGGACGCUCAGCUCCUAAGAAUAUUUUGUAUCAACUGGUCAUACACUACUCAAAAGAAAUUAAGGGAUCAAGAAAAAAAUUGUUGUUGAUAUUUCGGUGAAAAAAUGUAUUUUGAAGUUUUCAGUUUUUUAGUCGAAAAAACUGAGGUUCUCACGCAGUUCUAACAGUUAGCUCAAGGAAAUUUGUAUACAAAAUGUUUGCUUUCCUUUUAGCCAAUUCACUUGAAAAUUUUUUGUGGAUCAGAUAGCCCGUUUAUUCAGCUUCAAAAUCUCGAUACGAUCAUUUGGCGCAGAGGUAUCUGAUUUUGAACGAAAAAGGAUCCUUUUGUCAUCGACCACUGAUAUCUCGAUAAUCAGUGAUCACAAGGGUAUUUCCGAAAACUAUAAGACUUGAUUGCAAUAUUUGAUGAAACAUUUUAUUACGCAAACAUUUUGCAAAAAAUGUUCCCUGCUCUAUCUAUUAGAAUUGCAUAAGGACUAUUGCUCCUAAAAUCUUUCCGCUAAAAAAACCUAAAAACUAGAAUCUUGAAGCUUAAAAAUGCUUUUUUAGAUACAACCAUUUUCCGCCGAAAUACAACCUGUCAAAAAUCACUGAAAAUUUUGGAUUCUUUUCUUGCUUCCUUAAUUUUUGGAGUAGUGUAGAUGUGCAAUAUUAUCAUUUCUCAAUAUCUGCGAAAUCUGAUAUUACUUUUUGACAUCAGUAUUUUAAAAGCGUAACAUGAUCACGACUUCUGAAAGUUAUGAGUAUACUGAUGUCUUGACUGAAAUCGCGCCUAAAACUAAAUAAUACGCAAACAUUAGCGGAGUGAUUCUUUGACAGCGUUGCGGUGAAUCGCCUAGUUUCCGAAUUCGUAAUCACGUCACGAUUUUUCACGGUAUUAGAAAUACCAGUUAUCAAAUCACCGUUGUAUCCUGUGUCACAGUCUCCUAAAACUACAAGCCAUUGAUAAAAAAGGCAACGUCGCAAAGUAGCCCCAUCGUCAAAUUGUCGAGCAUCGGCCAGAUGUGCUUUCAUGUAAAUAUGUAUAUAUAGUAUAUACCAAUCAUAAAUUGACUAUUGGAAUUUCAUGGUUAUUAUUAUACGCUCCUAGUAUAAACAAUUGAUACAUCAUUGCAUUCAUCAUGAAUAUAACAAUAAAACAACGUACUAAAUGUCUUAAUACCCGUUUUACACCAACCAUUCACAAAUUUAUUCAGCUGGAUUUCCUCAAGGUUAUUCUGAUUGUCCGCUGUGUUUACAUCAAUGAACAAAUUCAAGGAUAAUCUGUCAGUACACAGUGCUGCCAAUCACACAACAAAUUCUUGCUGCUAACAUUUUGAGAUCUUAUGUGUAUUGUGGUUUUGGUUUUGAGGCGAAUCUCAUAAACAGAAACCAUAUUAUUCAAUACUGAAUUGUAGUAGUACUGCCAUAGUUCUAUACUUGAAUUGAAAAGUUGUUCAAUAUAAUGGGAAGGAAAACAAGGUUGGCACCAUGGAAUUUGACGUCCACUUUAUAUAGAAAUAUAAAUGGAAAAUAGUACUGUUAAAAACGAUGAAUGAGGAGCAUCAAUAAUUUGCGUCGUGGCAUCUCCACACAGUACCUAUUAUUUGUAAUAUUCAAAUAGUCCACACCAUAGAUACUUCACUUUUCGUGAUGGUUUAAAAAAAACGGAUACAGACCACGAUCAACACCUUAUAUCUUAUAUAUAGGUAAGUAAAAUUCGAUAAGGGUGGUUUGGCCUCGAGUUGACAGUUAAAUUGAUAGGACUACCACAACGUUGCGAAGUUGCAUGCUUUGUGGUUUGUUGGAUAUAGGUGCCUGUGUCAUUUGAAUAAAUAUGAUGAAUGCGCGUUUGUUCAACGCUCGUGUGUCCUCGCGCUUAGUGUGAGCAUCUCAUUAUCUUGAAAAUUCCGAAUAAAUAUUGGUGAUAUUGUCUGUAUUAGAUUUUCAAAAAAUAUAAAAGUUAUAGCUGAUCUCUUGAAUGUGCUUACAAUUCUCAAAUUGGAAUCAGAAUAUCUCAAUUUUUCCUGAUAACGAGAUAAAUGUUACAAUUAAACUCACUUACAAAUAGCUUAUAAAUGAGUGUCAGGUUUGACACGAAUAUUUAAAUCUGAACAAGAAUACUUUAAACACUUCAGUGCGGUUAAAUACUUUUUUAUAAGAUGAUAUAGUGUUUAUAGGAGUAAUAUAUCGUUCACGAUAAAAAUCUGUAUAUUAGAUCACAUAAAUGUAUUGUAAUAUAAGUAGAUCACUCACUCUUUAUCUUGUUUACCCAAUUUUGUUUACAACUUCUUUGAAAUCAUUAGAAAAGUUAUUUCAACAAUUCAAACUAAGAAAUAUAGUACAGUUUAACAGAUUUAGUAAUAUCACUUUACGUAGUACACCAGACAGAGAAAAAAGAUGUGUAAAUUGUAUAGCUUUUUAAAAAAGUUAUUUUGCUUUUGCAAACUACUAAUUUUAACUCUUAUUGAAACAUGUAAGUUUGAUAGCGUGAGCAACUCGUUUGCCUGAAAACAUGCUCUGAUAGAACAUACAAUGAUGUCCACAAAGGUCACACAUUAUUGGCAGUCCUACAAACAAAGUACUGUUACAUAAUUUUUCAUAUAUCCGUCGUGUAUCUUUAUGUAAUAUUAUUAAAUCGAACACUGUACAUAGUUAAUCUAUAGGGUAGAACAACUUGGAAUAUUUUUUCCAAGUGUUAUGUUUUCUUGCAGGGUGUCACAAAGUUUGUAGCAUCUUUGUUUCCAAAAAAUCGUGUAUACAUUUUUGUUGAAAUUAUAGUUAUCCUGAUCUAAAGAGGCAUGGAAAUGAAUUUGUGACUUUUUUUUCGUCGUCAAGAUCCAAGAUGCUUCAUUAAAUUUUGUUACACCCUAAUUUACAAUAAAUCUUGUUUGUAUAUCUAGCAACGUAAAAUACUGAUCAAUGAAGAAACUUCUUUUCAUGAUCUGAACAAUACAUUGCAUGAGAGCAAGUUAUUUUGUAUUAUUUUUGAAUGUAAACAUUUUUUGUAUUUCAUUAUCUGUAUCCGGUCAUAACGGAAAUAAAAUUGUGUGUACGGAUUUGUUUGAAAUUGAAGACCAAUAUACAUGAUUAAAUUUUAUUUUUUUUAUUGAGGUAUUUCCAAUCAAGUACGUCGAUCCAGAAGGCCUGCCAGAUCUACUCUAGGGUCCAAGAGGUCCAUUUUUCGGCCCAGAUUACCUGAACACAGGGUGGUAGACAACUCUGGUACUAUGCAUGGUAUCUAAAUACUUGAAUACAAAAAUUGUAG